CUUCAGUUUUCUUAUCAUAUCAAAGUCUCUUAGCUAGCAUAUUAUUUAAUUUUCAACAAUACCCACUUUUAAAAAAGCCUAAUAAAAUUUCUUGAAAUUUCUAGCCAUGGUUCCAAGUGAGAUCAGAGGAAUCAAUUAUCUACCAGCUCCUCCUGAAAAUUCAUUCCAAAUUCCACAAAACUUUGUCUUACCACAAAAUGAAAUUCCAAACUUCCAUCUAAAUAAUCUCUUAAACAGCUUACCAACAAAUUAUCAUUAUCCAUCAGCAGGCCAUGAAUUUGCACCUCCUUCAUGUCUUAGUAGCAACUCAACUACUUCUGAUGAAGCAGAUGAACUUCAAUUCAAUAUCAUCGACGAAAGGAAGCACCGACGAAUGAUAUCAAACCGAGAAUCUGCUAGGAGAUCAAGGAUGAGGAAACAAAAACACUUAGAUGAACUUUGGUCACAAGUUGUAAGACUUAGAACUGAAAAUAACAACCUUGUUGAUAAACUUAACCAUGUUUCUGAGUCACAUGACAAAGUUGUUCAAGAAAAUGCACGUCUCAAGGAAGAAACUUUCGAUCUUCGUCAAAUGGUAGCCGAUAUGCAAAUCGGUAACUCUUUUCCUUGUAACAUGGAAGAUUUUGGUGAAAUUCCAUGCAGCAGUUCACCACACAAAGAUGAUUAAAAUCAAUAAAACGAUUUUCAUGUUUUCAUUAUAAAGACAUAAAUUACUCUCUAUGUUCUUUUUUUUUUUUACUCUUUUAUGAUCCAUCCAUGGAUGGUUUUAUAUUGUACUUGUCCAUUCAUUGGACAUGUAUGAAUUUUAGAAGCAUAUAUACGAAAUAAAAGCUUUAGAUGUUGAUGUUCAUUAUUA